UGUAUGAGCAGACAAAACAAGCAGACUCUAUUUAGUACUUCAUCCACCUCAGAAGUUAAGACGCCAUGGCCUCUACGACCCUCCAGACUCUACACUUCAAACUUCUGCCUCCUGACACAGGCCAGGAAUGGGCUCAUGACUGUGAGAAGGAGAUUGACCGAAAGUACGAGAUUGUCCCAUCUGUAGUGUGUGCCAUGUGUUGCCUGUUUGGAAUCAUCUACUGCUUCUUUGGCUACCGAUGUUUUAAAGCAGUGAUGUUCUUGACGGGACUGAUGUUCGGCUCCAUCAUCAUCUUUAUGUUGUGCUACAAAGAGAGGGUUUUGGACACUCAGCUUAGUGUUGAAGCCAGUGUAGGAAUCGGCUUGGGAAUUGGCAUACUAUGUGGCCUCGUCACUAUGCUGGUACGUAGCGUGGGCCUUUUUAUGGUCGGACUCUUGCUAGGGCUACUGGUUGCUGUAGCAUCACUUAUCAUCAUGGAACAAUUCUAUCAUCCUCACACUGUCUGGAUCCCGAUUGGUUUGCUGUUGGGAGUAGGCAUGCUGUUUGCAGUACUGACACUUCAGUGGCAGAAGUUCUUUACCAUGCUGUCCACAGCAGUAUUUGGUAGCGCUGUUAUGACCGUGACUGUGGAUUAUUUCAUUGAGCUCUUCCUGCUGGUACAGUAUGUCUAUGAGAGGAUGAAAGUGGCCCCACAACAGCCUGUGUGUUGGUACAGCUGGGUCAUUUUGUGUGUCUGGCCAGUGUUAACAGUACUUGGAGUACUCAUUCAGUGGAAGGUGACAGCAGAGGGAUACUCGCAUACAGAAGUUAUAAUCAGCAGACAACAGCGGCGUGUACAGCUGAUGAGAAUACGGCAGAAGGAAGACAGAAAAGAAAGAAAGAAGAAGAAACAGAAACAUACCCAUCAUCACCAUCACCACCACCAGCACAAAGCAUACCCCCCAGAACCAGCUUACAGACGAAAACCGAAUCCUGUCCGUCGUUUUGAUGGUGAUGUGCUUUCCCCGAGUUAUAUCCAGAGUUUCCGAGAUCGCCAGACAGGUACCUCAGUGAGCAGCUUAAAUGCUAACACACAUACCAUUGUGGAUUUGGACUAUGACUGUGGUUCCACAGUGCCCCUGACAGCAGCAGCCGGUCCUGCUGUGCGAGUAUAGCAGAUGGAGACAGAAAAUCAAGAGAUCGACAACAUUCCAUGUACAGUACAAAAAACGCACUAGCAAAGAAUCUCGGUAGAGGAAGAUUAGCAAGUAGCGUGAAUGCAGCUCUCCCCAUAUGCCCUUUGACAGCCAUCCUGUGAGCAUUCAAGGCAACUUUCCAUGUAGAAUGGGGUGUGUACUGAUCCAGGUAUAUCUCUCCAGGUUUUGCCUAGUGAUGAAAUGUUCUGCAACAAGCAGGGAACAUACUUUGCCUUUCCCAUUCCUGUUGACUUUUGAAGGUGGGAGGGCAAGUGUAUUUUGUCUCCAUACUCCAUGAUCAAGCAUAGUACAAGAAUGAGCACCUUUAGAAAGGGGAACCUUGAUAAGACAUACCCUGUGCUGAAUAGCUAGCAGACAGUUGUUCUACACUUCUAGACUUAAGCAGCACAGUCAUCAAACACAGAAUAUGGGUAAUGUGAUGCCAUAUAAACAACAGUACUUGAUUUUUGGAGUAUGAACUCUUUUAAUGUAGUGGUUCCCUGCCAAGAGUUAAAGUAUCAUAUUAACAGCCUGUUACAUUUCAUUAUCUUUAAGUUAUUAAUUUUAAAUGCCAAGGAGCAAAGUUAUUAGAAAGUCAAAUUCAAGCAUAGAUAUUGGAAGUGAUGGCCAUCCUGAAAAGCAGUAUCUUCUCAUAAAAACACAUGCAUGCAUACGUGCUGCAAUUGGUCAGGCAGAGUGGGAUAUGAAGACCACAGAAAUAGCCUGGGGCUUGUGAUGCAAGAUGUGCAAUGGUGGUGGAAUGUUAAGGAUAUGAGUUGGUGUUACGACUAACAGGAACAAGCUUUGUCACAUUACGACCAUUUCAGCAUGAGUGCAUUCGCACACACUGCUAUCUGCAUGUUUGUUAAGAUGAUAGGUAGUUAUUUCAUGAUUCAUUGAGAUUUUCAUCCUCAAACUGUCAUACACUGUAUAAAUCCAUUGUGAGAAACUUGAAUUUUUUUGUGCAUCUAACUUAAAGUAAUGUCUUAACUGCCUUGGCAAGUGUGGUAAUUGGCUUCAUUUACACUGGUUCCACUUCACUUGUAUAGAGAUUUUUUUAAUGGCUGAAUAUGCACCUCAUUCAUUAAGAUGGUUUAACCUUUCUGUAGUUACUGCUGACUGACGUUCAAAACAGAAAUGCAAGCAUUUUAAAGGACACAAUUAUACUUGCUUCUAAAAUUACUAUAAAGAGUUAGACCAUAGAAAACAUCUCUUUGUAAUUAUCCCUGUUCUCCCAGGCAAACAAAACUGAAGCUUUGUCUGUUUAUGUAAUAGGGUACCUGUACCUUGUACUGAAUUAAUGCUACAGAGCCUUUGCAUGUAUUUUGUAUAAAUGUGGGAUACUUGGUGUAGCAAAAAUGUUUUAUGCAGUGUGACAGAGGACCUCUCUGGGCAUUACUUAAACUUCAUACAAGCAAAUCUUUCGUCGUGUGAUCGUGUGUGAGGAUUGAUCAGGGUUUAGAGUUCAGUUCAUUUUCAUUUUAUGAGAAAUGUACACUAAGAAAUAAGAAAAAAAAAUUCAUUUUGAUUGUAGUUUUGAGCAGCACGGUUAAAAGGCGCAGCUGUCAGAAAUGUACAAAGAAAUUGAAAGGGGGGGGGGGUUUCAUCUCUGUUAAACUUUACUUUAGUAAACAAAGCGUCUCUUAGAUUUCACAAAAAUGGUUUGCGUUGGAAAAUUACCAAACUGAUACACUGACAAGAGGAUUGCACUGAGUAGAGCCAGGCAGUCCAUUCUGGAGAGUAUGUGCAUGUCAUGUGGGGCAGUAGAUUGUCCAUCAGCAAUGUCCCAUUCAUUGAUCGGUCUGUCUUUGAUGCUUCCAUUUGUGUGUGCUGCUUGUAUAGUGAACAUGUUUCAAAGCUUCUUCAUGAGAUAUACUGCCCCAUUAUGUUCUAAAUCUGGGCUUGUGUAUUCGGAGUGCCUAAACAGUGCUGCCAAAAACAUGCCACUUUCUUUCAAUAGGAUGGUGCUGCUAGCGUUUCGCUUUUUUGUUCAGUUAGUCUAAAAUGGGUCAAGUCCAUUUUCAGUGGAGGCCUGGGAUAAAAACACUAGCACUCAAUAUCACAAUAAUAGAUUACAAUUAAAAGAAUAAUAUUAAUUAUGGUAAAAACUACAAAUCAGAGAAACAGAGCAGUUCAGUGAUGCAUUCAGACUAUAAUUAUUAAAACCCCUACAUGCAAUGUAAGAAUAUUUUUUCAAGUACGUGGUCCUUGGACCCCAAAGGACAGAGUAAAGCAAGAAACAUUUGUUGAAUACUGAAAGGGCAAGUAAGGAAAGGAAGAAGUGGAGAGGAAGAUAAAAGAAGGGAGAGCAGGAGAAAUGAAUAAAAGAAGUGGGGUAUGUUAUGCACAGGGAUUCAAGAGGAAGAAGCUAAUGCAAAGAAGUUAGGUAAGAGUGAAGUGAGGCAGUUAAAGAGCAAGGUAGUAGAAAAGUUAAGGAGAAUGCUGGGAAUGAAAAUGCAGAGAGACAUGAAGGGGAUGAGGUUAAACUUUUAAAAAGAACAUAAUAUAUUUUGCAGUAACAAGAUUUCAUGAAUGGAAAGAGGAGUAAAGACCAGAUUAGUCCAUCCAGUCUUACGUAACUUUCUUUUUCCCAUUUUUGCCCAUGGAGUUGAGGUACCACAUCAACAGAGAACAUUAUCUAGAGUGAAUGUUUGCACUUCUGGGUUGCUAGCCCUGCCAGUGUUCUUCCAUGCUACACAUAUGCACUCUUACAACUAUGGCCAGUUUAGUGUGUCCACUCCACCUCCUGCAUGUCUUUGGAACGUGGGUAGCAAACAGAAAAUAAAAGUGAUAUGAUAAAGAAUAGCAGAAAAAUUCUACAAUCCUUUCCAUAAAUUUGAAGGUUUCUUUUAUGUGCUGUUUUGUCUGCAUAACUAUUCAGGAAUUUUGAUGUAAACCAAUAGUGCCUCUGAUUAGGGUCUAUGCUAAAUCAGUGAAUGCUUAAAAAAGCGAACGUUGAUUUAUCGACCCUCUUUAAGUGAAAGCUUAAAAUCCCGAGCACUCAGAACAGUGUUUUUUUUAGGGAAAAAAAAUAUCUGUUCCACAAAAAAAAAAAAAACUUCAAAACAGUACUUAAAUAUACCAACUCCGAGAUCGCACCACAGUGGAGGAAAUGGCAAAGUCCUGAAAACAGCCCAGCAAUUUUGCGAGUGUUCGGGAUUUUCAGCUUUCAUUUAAAGAGGGUCGAUAAGUCAGCAUUCGCUUUUUUACACGUUCGCUGAUUUAAUAUAGACCCUCUGAUUAUAUGGUAAGGCACGUAGAUUAUGUACUGCAUCUGUAGGCUGUCUGCUAUUCAUGUAAUUGAGCCCUGUAUCCCUCUUGAACAGGCCAUUUUAGAUAUACGUACUGUACUCAGAAUUAGGCUGCAUCGACUGUAUUCAUGAUAUGUGCUCCAUGUUUGUGUUAACAGUGUACUUAUCAUUAAUGUAGCUUUAGUGUAAAUGUGGCCUGCAGUGUAAGAUACUACAUCUGCCAGUGCCUAGGAUUACUCCUAUGUUAUGCCUUCUGUAUGAAUUGAAGUGAUGUUGCAAGAAAAACUGUUGUCCAGAAUAUUGUAAUCUUUGAAUCAAUUUUACAGAAGGCUGGAAGUUUUUUUGCCUACUCUAGGCUAAAGUAGUGAUAGGCUACAUUAUGUAAAUUGAAGAAUUGUAAAGAGUUCAGCAGGAGAAAGAUGGUUUGAUCAUUGUAACACUCAAAAAACUGAUGCAUUGACUUAUUUCUAUUUCAAUCCAUCCACACAGAACCAGUUGGAUAACUACUCCAACAUUAUGCCUCUUGAAUUCAUGAGGUGUUGUCAGACGGAUUGGUGUUUGGAAUACUGUGCUCUUCUCUUUAUAAAAGUUACAAAAGCUUGGAAGAGACUUUUUUCAGCUAUACCAGGCUACAACUGAAGGAUUGUGAAGAGUUUAGUGCUUGAAAGAUACGUAGAUUUAACUCUCAAAAGUACUGCAGUGUUUUGUUUCAGCUUUAAUCCAUGCACAUAGAAACACUUUGGAGGUCACUCAGAUGAUGGGACUUAAAACAAGCUUGUCUAUCUUCAUUGCCAGUUUAGAUUGCUCACCUACUGCAUAACAGAAGCCUGCAGCACUGCCUGGAGUGCACCACUAUGCAGCCCAUCUUAGCCAUUUGCUGAGGUAUCUGACAAAAUAGCAAUGUUCCCAGUGGACAGAUUACUGUUGGUUCACCUUUGCAAAAGCUUUACAAAUGCCUUGGAUAGACACUAGUUAAUUAUGUCUACACAGAAUCCCCAGUUCAAGUCUUCUGAAAAGUACUGCAGAAUUUCUAGUGAUACUGCUUAAUUCUGAAUUGCACUUGACCUCGCAUUAACAUUUUCUCAGGAGAUUGUAAUAUUACCUAAACAUCUAGCAAACGCUAUCUGCUGGCCCUUAUGCAUGAAGCCAUAUAACCCUUUCUGUUUCUUUCAUGCUGAAACAUUAUCCCUGCUUUUACUUCAGACAUGCUUUAGAAAAUAUAUGUCAUCAUCUGUCACAUACCCCACAAAAUCAACAUCUUGGGAAAUAUCAUUCAAGUCAUAUUUUGGAACAGUAUUCUUUGUGAGGUAGAAACUCAUGGAAAUUAUCAUCUGAGGUUUCCAUUCUCUCUUCCUUGAUUAGAUAUGCAGGCAAUCCCUCUUCAUUUUCUGUCCUUUUCCUGCUUUAUAUUAUUCUAGCAGGACAUUACAGAGCAACCACAACUACAGUCUCUUGCAAAAAACAUUACAUCUGAUGUCUUUUACAUCUGGCUUCAACGUGUGAGUUUUCUGACCUAACUCUGAUCUGUGACUAGCCAUUUCCAAAGACUUCAGCCCCCAAGCUUUUCCUCCUGUACCUAUAGUACUUGCGCUCUGUACAACUAUCUUAGAUCACAUUUGUUGCCUUCCAGGACAGCAGCUAGGUCUUGUUUUGCUGUGAGUGUAUCCUUUUUGGUGUGAUUUGCCUAUUUUUUUUGUCACCCUAUUCAUAUUCCCUUUUGAUUGGAGUAUUGAUAGAUACAUAAGUAUCUGUUAGGUUUGACUAGGUUUACGUUGCUAACUCUUGACUGUCGUGGGAUCUUCCCUCCAUGUUUUCUCUAACCAGCCAGAUCUGAAGGUCCAAAGAUCUUUGGCUCCUUCAGUUGCAUCCAUGCUAGCUUUUGAUCUGACUCCUUGGAACUUUUCCCUGUCAACACAAAUUACUGGGAAGAUUUUUUGCCAUUGCUUAGUGUCCCUAGCCCUUUCCUGUUAAAAGGAGCUUCCUUGGGCAGGGUUCACUUCUCUUUUUUCCCUCUACCCCUAGGGAGUUGUACACAAAGUAGUCAUCUACUCCACCCAGGAAUCCGACCUCUGGUUUGGGCAUGGCCUACAGAUCCUUAUAUCAGCAGGCAGGCUUCCAAGCCCUCACCAGUAGUGUCCUCAGGUUUGCCCAAUCAGUUGGGAUUAUUAGACCUGCUGAUUUGGAGCAGCAGAUGCAGUCCUUCCUGCAGGCCCAGAUGCAACUAAGCAUUGGCCUCAGUUUCUCAAUCUGAGGCUUUGACUCAGACUGGCUUGUUUCUUCCCUCGGGCCUUGUAGCUCCGAGGUUUCUGAAGCCAGUUGUCUUACUAACAUCUGGGUUGGUUCUGAUGCCAUGACCUGCUGAACUUUGGCAGUCUCAGAGCUAAGUGGGUCUCUGAGUCAACCCUUUAGGGCUGGGAUUUAUGGAUCGUAGUUGAUGCUUCAAGUCUUGGAGUCCUCCAUCCCUCUCUGCACUUGAUAGUUUGGCAGUGAUUUCAGCAUUGGGGCAGAUGGGAGCAGAGCUGGAGUCUGGAAAGAUCUUGGAGUCUUUAGAUCCCAGGGGUGUGGACUCCAGGUGGCCAGCUUCAGUAUCCUCCUUUGAUAUAACUGAAAGGAUUCUCUCUGGGUCAGAGAUGGAGUGGUUGGUGCCAAACAAAAUUCUCUCCUUUGUGCCUGUGUACUCACACUAGCUUUCUCUGGGCCACCCCACUCUAAUAGACCUUCAUACAGUCCUGUCUUCAGGGCCCCCUGCCUCUUGUACCACUCUUGUGGAUCAUGCAGGAAGGUCACAGCAAGAGGUGGUACAAGAGGAAGCAUCUGGAUUCCAUGGAGGAAUCCCUCACUUAGGAUACUGACCUUGAGAAGGGAAGGGGUCCCCACAUACUGGGUGAUUCCCCCUCUAGACACGUUUAUUGAUUUAGCAUCGUAGAGGGCUUGGAGGGACCCUAAUACAGUGGUGGAUAUACCAGAACACCUGGUAAGAUAUUGUCCUUUCCAAAGAUUAACAACAUUGGAGUAAGGGUCCUAUCAUUGAUGUUAUCAUGAUAGCAGCAGCCACCAAUGAGGACAUCUCAGAGGAGUUUGUUGGUCUGUUCCCCUAAUAAAGAAUCCAGGGCUUUGGAACAAAUGGGGAGGUGUGCCAACACAUCAGCCAUCUUUGUGUUGAGGACAUUGAAUUACUUGGCUUACCAGACAAGGCUUUAACAAGACAUUAUGUCUGAAGUGUAAAGAGUAGUUAAGUCGCAGAGGUCUUCAGAGUCUCAAAAGUCUUUGGAGAUGCAGUUGUCCACCUUAGUCUUUUUCUAGUGUGUCAAUGUGCUUGCUUUGCAGUCAGGUCUAUCGCUUCCGAGCUGCUGUUUCCGGCAUUGCCAUGUGUUGUCACACCUGGAUGAGGUUGUGCAACUUUGCAUCCUGCUUUAAGGUGUCCUUUGUUAAUGCCCCUUUUGAUGGCCAAAAGUUAGACACAUUGACCAGGAGCAAACAAAAUGGGUAGACUGUGUGCCAUCAGAGUGCAUUUUAUCACACUCCAACAGACCCUUUUGUAGGAGCUAGAAAGUGGGUAAGUAUCUCUUUCAAAAAGUACAGCAGUCUUUUCAGGAUGCUCCUGCUUAAUGUUCUCCUGACAGCAAGGGGGGUAGCCAGUAUGGACGCUGUCCAUAUGGCAAAGGUUAUUGGCAGAACCUGGACUUCUAUGGAGCUUUCUCUGUAAGGGCCUUUCAGCAUAACUGAAAGGUUGCUUGACCUGUCCUACUCUGGAGGCAGUCAGUGGUCACUUGCUUCUACACCUGAAAGUUUGGGAGGCCAUCACCUCAUACACAUGGUUGUUGAGUAUUGUAGCCAAAGGUUACAUGAUUCCAUUUUUAUUUCUGCUAAAAAAAAAAAAAUGCCAAAAACUUUCCCCGACAUACCACUCUGUCAGAGAACGAAUGCAGCUACAGAGAUUCAAAAGCUGUUGACAAAUAGUCAUCCAAAUAGUCCCUGCAGACCAGUAAAGUUCUGUGGUCUAUUUAAUAUUCUUUUUGGUUCCAAAGAAAAAACAAAGACCUCAGACCAGUUUUGGAUUUGAGAAAGCUAAAUUGCUUUUAAAAACAGACCAAGCUUCAGAUGGUCACGGUGCAGUCCAUUCUACCUCCUUUUGGGGACAUACUCUAUCAAUCUCAAGGAUGCCUAUCAUCAUAUAAAGGUAACAAGGCAGUCCUGAAGAUAUCUGCACUUCUGGCUAGGAGACCAUCAUUACCAGUUUAGAGUGGUGACCUUUGGUCUCACUGCCACCCCUCCCCCCAGGUAUUUGCCAAAUGCAUGGCAGUUGCGGUUGCCUGGCUGAGGUUGCAAGGAUAGUAGGUCUUUCUGUACCUGUAUGAUUGCCUUCUCACUGCCUGCAAGAGGGCUUCCUUAGUCCAAUUCUCUCUCUCCUUAGGAAGCACCACAAACUAUCAAAAGUUCAACCUUCAGCCAGUUCAAAUGUCAGGGUUCUUAGGCUGUCAGUUGAACACUGUCUCAGAUUGCAAGACUUCCAGUGCACAGAGUGGCUGUACUUCAUAAUGAAGCCAGUUUCUUAAAGUCUUAGAAAAAACCUCCUGCCUCCCUAGUUCUGAAGCUCCUAGGUUACAUAGCUACAGCAAUUUGUUUAGUCCCUCUGAUGAGGUACCAUAUGAGGAUUCUGCAGUGACAUUAGCAGCUUAAUGGUCUUAUCCUAUUCCAUGGAUUUGCCAUCAUUUUGAUGGGAGUCUGUUGGAGUCUCCCAUAGUAUCAGGAUGUUCUUGUUGUGACCUCCUUUUCAGAAUUCUGUUUGCAAAUGGACAAUAUAUUUAUGGUUUGGUAUCUAAACAAACAAAGGGGAACCUGAUCCUACCCUCUUUCUCAAGAGGCCAUGAGAGUUUGGCAAUGGCUGAUUUUAUCUCAGCUUUUUCUGGUAGCAAUGUACAUCCAAGGUAAAUCCAACAUUUCAGCAGAGCGUCUGAGCAGAAAUAACUUUCUUCCCCACAAGUGGUCCCUAAAUCAAGGAUAGCAGCUUGGAUUUUCUGGUGUUGGGGCACUCCAUGUUGCGAUCUAUUUGCUUUCCCAUCCAACACAAACUGCAGUAGUUAUUAUGCCCUAGUUCCUAGGACCAAAGGGGACAGUAACUCAGGGAUGCUAUUCUUUAGGCUUAGCCACCAGGUCUCCUGAAUGCUUAUGCUCUGACUGAUAAUGAAGUUUCUUGAGAAAUCCACCUGCUUUGGAGUGACUGUGAUCCUCAUUGCUCCUUUUUGACCUCGUCAUGUUUGCUUUCCUUUUCUGUGGCCUCUUCUGUGGUACACUCUCUGGGUGCUGGAACUCAUCCCAGAUCUGAUCUCUCAUCCAGCAGGCUUGGCCCCACCCAACCACAGGACUGUCAAUUUAACCAUGUGAUUUUUCCAAUUCCUUGAUGGCCAGAGUUCAAAUUUUGUUCUUUUCACAGAAACAAUCUAUCAAAAGGUUUAUGAUAGUAAGUGGAAGUGCAUUUCUUUAUGGGCAUCUUGUAAAGGUUUGGACCCUUUUCCAGCACCUUUGGAUGACAUUCUUGAUUACCUUGCCGAUCUGUUUCAUUGUGGAUCUAGUUGUUGAACUACUGCAGUGUAGAUAACCACUAUUUCUAUCUUUCAUACUGGCAGAAUAAUGCUCCCGUAGUGGAUUUGAAGGUUUCCAAGGCUUUUUCUCUGAGGAACUUUCUUGUUGUGACCUCCUGUUCAAGAUCCUGUUUCUCCUUGAAAUUUGGUUUUUAUGCUUCACAUUCUUGCUAGACACCAUUUUGAACCUUUCAGUAAUAUUCCUUUGAAGUAGUUGUCUUGGAGGACUUCCUGGUGGCUGUCACUUCGGUCAAGUUUGUUCAGAACUGCUGACCUUUUCUUUGGUCUUGGCAUAUUUGAGUUUUCAUAAGGAUAGGGUUUCUGUCAGAACAGAUCCUACUUUUGUAAGGUUGCAUCAGAAAACAUCUUGAAACAGGCCAUUCAUUUACCAGCGUUUUCCCAGUUUUUCAAACAAGGGAGAAUAUUUAUUGCAUUGCCUUGCUAUUCACAGGCUACUGAGAUUUUAGUUGGAUAGAACCAAUUCUAUCAGGAAGACUGACCAGCUGUUUUUUUCCAUUUCAAAGGCAGAGUUGAGCAUGCCAAUGUCUAAGUCAGCUUAUCUAAAUGACAUGACUAUCUAUGGCUACUUCAAUGGUCUUCUUUUUUCAAGAGUUUCUACUGAUGACAUUUGUGCUAUGGCUACUUGGGUGGGUGCACACACUUUUGUGUCUCACUGCAAGUUGGAUAUAUGGUUGAGGUCUAGGGCCUCCUUUGGUUCCACUGUAUUGCACAAUGUUCUCUCCUAGGACCUCCCUGUGAUGACAUGUGGCUGAGGACUCUGUUGCAGGUUGAAGCUGAACAGAAAAGAACAUUACAUAUAAAUGUUGUGUACUUACCAUAACAACAGAUAAUGUUGUUUCUUUGUCGGGUGCAAACCCCACCCCUGUCUUCUAUUUCUCCUGAGCAUUGGACAGCUGAGUUGUUGAGGCAUCUCUCCUCCUUUUUCCUUUUGAGGUCUGUGGUCUGAGUUGGCUGUAGAGAGAGCAAGGUACUAUGGAUUGAAAACCCUAGAGCUAGGGUGCUGAAGUCUUUGGAAAUGGCCGGUGUUGGAUCUAGUAACCCACAGGUUGAACCAGACAAACAUUGCAACAUAGAUCUAUUAUUAUGGUAAGUACUUUUAUUUUCAGACUGUUCAUCACAUCUUUAUCUUUUUCUAUCAUGACAGCAUAUUAAAGUGAUGACCACCAUUCUGAAUAUUAAAGGUUUUAGCUAGAAUUUUCCUGCUUUAAAAUGUUUCUAUUUCCGUCACACCAACAGUUUCUGGGUAUUCUGUUCCUGUACACAGGAUGAAUGUAAAGUCCUGUAGGAUAUUUCUGAAUUCUAAUCAUGCCACCUCAGGGCAGUGACAUAAAAUUCCUCUUGAGUGAGAGAGACCAGGUUGUUCAUUAGUGGAGAAGAUAGUUCAGAAACUGAACUUGAUUGUCAGAUGUGGAGGAAUGAAGGCCCCUGACUCCCAGGAUCUGCUUUUGAUGAGUGGUUUGGGUGUUAGAAGAACCAGGGUAAUGAGGAUGGGAGUGGAUGGUGACUGUGGCUUGCUCAUCAUUGCAAGAGGGAUGAGACUGUUGAUUGUCACUUAAGUGACAUCUUGUGUGGGGGGGGGUAUCUAGGUGUUACACCAAAAAAACAGGCUUGCUGAGCACAUGUUGCCCUUAUACAAACAGACUGCCUAGGAAAGUUAGCAUACAGAUGCACACUCCCUGCGUUAUGCAGCACUAAAUGAAAUGUGGAUGGGACACUGAAGGGAGAACUCCAAGAGGGGAUGGUAGGCCAGUGUAAUGGAAGUGAAAACUGGCCACUCCCUCCUACCCGAUGCUAACUAUAGGGGGAAAUGAAUGAGCUGUUUAAUCACACCUGAUGGAAAAACUUUGGGUCAUAAGAUUCUCUCCUAGCCCUGGGAUGUGCAUCUGAAACACCUGAAAGAACAAACUGGACAGCUGGAUAAAGGUAGUAAUCUGACAGGUAUGGUGGAAGAGAAGAAAUACUGACUUUGACUUAAGUAUCUAUCCAUAUUUGAGUCUUGAUCCUAUGGCGUCCAAAAAACAAAAAUGUUUGCUGUAGCCAAAUGUGCAGCAUGCACAAAGUUCCAUUUGUUUAUAUGGGUAAAGACUUAGUCAUGCAACUAAAUCCAUCUAGUCUGGGAACACUUGUGCUGUAGGCAGCCAUAUGUUUGCACUAGCAAGAGAAGUCCUAUUUUAAGAAUUUCACUAGCUUGUCAUGCAAAAUGUUUUCAAUGGCCUUUCCAAAAAAUGGAAGUAAAACUAACAAGUUUGCUAAUAUUUCCCAUAUUCUAAGAACCCCUUUUGCAUGAUAUCAACCAUCACCAACUUCCAGACUUGGGGCACCAUAGUGGUUACUAAGGAAAGAAAAUAACAUUUUACUAGUAGGUGAGAGGGCACCAUUGCCAUCUUGUAACACCUUCAGCUUUGUCUGAACCUUGUACCUUAUUCCCUAGAAGAUACUUGAGUCCCUUCUGUAUUCUUUGUGACUUGGGUUCAUAGGUAGGUACUAGGCUAUCUGCCCGAAGGCAUUUAUAAGCCUAGCCGGAAUGUGUUGGCUUUCGCCG